GGAUGCUCUUUGAGGAAAGACACAGACUGGCUCCAUCGUUCCUGGGAAGCACCGGUCGCCGUCACGCCUUUUCGUCCUGCUGUUCAGCUUAGGCCAACUGCCCGCUGCCAAGUAUUUCACCUGCCCCGUCCACCAAUCCCCCAUACUGUAGUUGUCCUUGUGGAGGUAGCUUGCGGUCGCCAUCGUCAUAGUGGUGGUAAGGAGAUCAUUCUGUCUUGUCAGCGGUCCUAGAAAACCGCACUGUCAUCAUGGUAUUUCUGGCAGGGUCUGGCUGUCCGGCGAGUUGCGCUCUUUGGGGCAUCAGUGUAAUCUGAACUUGUCUCCAUUCACCUGAUCCAUUGCCACCACGAGAGAGAUCGCAACUGUCACCCAGCAUUCUAACAUGGUACGGAGCCAAGGGCAGUGCGCAUGCCCCCCUUCCUGGUGUCCACAUGGGUAGUCAACCGCUCCAGUAGACCUAGCUUCGACCAAGAGCGUGCUUUCGGUUGCUUGUUGCUCCUGAAGGCCCGUUCAAAUUUUUCCUUUUUUUCCCCCACCAGGCUAUCGUUCUUUUCACCAUUGCCGUCUCACUCUGAUCCUGAUCAACUGACUGUUAAAGCAAUCCACCACCUACCUCCCAGGCCUUUGACGGGCCUUGAUCCUGUUCCCAAGCAGCUAUUCACUAUCCUUGUUCGGCACCUACGACGACGUCUUUCUGCUUUACAGGCAAACAAUUCACUUGCUCGGCCUCCUUUUCUCAUCGUUCUUUGCUGGACCAGCUCAAUUUGUUUGGCGAGCCGCUGAUCCACCUAGCAUACAGCACCAUUUUUCUUUCAUUGCUGUCUUUGAUUGCGGUUUUUUUGUUUAAUCAGAUUGUCGAUACCCCCAGCAACCCGGUCCUUUGCCUCCUUUCAGUUCUUGUCUUUCCAACGAUAAUACAGUUUCAAGACUGUAAACCACUACGGGGCACCCCUUCAAAAAUGCCGUCCUCGCCCUGUGGCGCUGAGCCCAUCGCCAUCAUCGGCUCCGCGUGCCGGUUCCCGGGAGGCGCGAGCUCCCCCUCGCGCCUGUGGCAACUGCUCGCGAACCCGAGGGACCUCUCGGAGCGCGUGCCCGUGGGAAGAUUCCAUGUCGACGCCUUCUACCACCCAGAUGGCGAGUUCCCCGGCACGACGAAUUCUGCCCGUGGGUACUUCCUGGACCACGACCCCCGGCUGUUUGACGCCAGCUUCUUCAGCGUCACGCCCAAGGAAGCCGAAGCAAUCGACCCCCAGCAGCGGUUGCUUCUAGAAGUGGUGUACGAGGCCCUCGAGUCGGCCGGGUACUCUCUCCAGCAGCAUGCGGGUGCCCGUGUUGGUGUGUUUGCCGGUGUGAUGACGGCCGACUACGACACCCUCUCACAGAGGGACGAGCUCACCACAAGCCAGUACUAUGCCACGGGCAAUGCGCGGUCCAUGGUCUCCAACCGGCUCUCGUACUUUUUCAACUUCAAAGGGCCCUCCAUGACGAUCGACACGGCCUGUUCAUCCAGCCUGGUAGCCCUCCACCAAGCUGUCUUGAGUCUUCGGUCGGGCGAUUGCGAAAUGGCUUGCGUGGCUGGUGCCAACCUCAUCCUGACCCCUGAGCAGUUCAUCGUCGAGUCCAGCCUACACAUGCUCAGUCCCUCCGGUCACUGCAGCAUGUUUGACGCCAAUGCCGAUGGCUAUGCCCGCGGCGAAGGAAUUGCGGCUAUGUUUGUCCGUCCCCUGAGCAAAGCCCUGGCCAGUGGCGACCACAUUCUCGCCGUUAUUCGGGAAACCGGUGUCAAUUCGGAUGGCAGGACGACAGGGAUCACGAUGCCCAACUGGGAAGCGCAAGCACAGCUCAUUCAGGACACGUAUCGACGAGCCGGCCUAGAUAUCAACACCCUCGAGGACCGCUGUCAGUAUUUUGAGUGUCAUGGGGCUGGAACGGCUGCAGGUGACCCCAAGGAAGCCCGCGCCAUCGAACAUGCCUUCUUCUCGGGUGAGCUUCGAGCUGGGCCGUCAACAGACUUGAUCCCGCCCGCGGAAAGGCCUCGGCUUCUGGUUGGCUCAGUGAAGACGGUCAUUGGCCACACUGAGGGGUCGGCAGGUCUCGCAGGGUUAUUCAAGGUUGUCGAGAGCAUGCGACAUGAUACCAUUCCUCCAAACCUACAUCUGGAUCGGUUGAACCCGCAAGUUGCCGAAUAUGCCAGCCACUUGGUCGUCCCAACAAGCCCCGUCCCAUGGCCAGCGGUCCAGCCAGGACAACCGAAAAGAGCCAGCGUCAACUCGUUCGGUUUCGGCGGCACCAAUGCCCAUGCGAUUGUUGAGCAGUACGUUCCAGCCAUCCACGACGAGAACUUCGUGUCAAAUGCUCACGUCCCUCGCCCCAUCCCCAACGGGUCAGUCGGGCCUAGAGUCAAUCGUAUUUGCCUCCCUUUGGUACUCUCUGCCAAAUCCGAAAAGUCCCUGGUAGCUGUUGUACAAGCCUAUUACGAUCACCUCCUCAAGAACCCCGGAGCCUCAACCGAAGAGCUGUCAUGGCACACCUACGCCCGCCGCACAGCCUUUGCUCACAGAGUGUUCUUUGCGGGUACAACAACGGAAAGGCUUCUUGGGAAGCUGGCGCGAUUCCUGAAGAUACCAGACGCCCCGCCUGAGCCUCCUAGAAAGAAGCUGAAAACAACCGACAAACGAGAGACGCCGCCACCGGUUGCCACUAUGUGUCGCGUGAAACCAGAACAUCAGAAGCCCAAGUUGCUGGGGAUCUUCACGGGCCAGGGAGCGCAAUGGGCCACCAUGUCUCGGGGUCUGCUUGUGACAAGCAAGGUUUACCGUGAUUCUAUUCGACAGUUGGACGGGAUUCUGCGGCAGUGCCCACAUCCACCUCCCUGGAGCUUGGAACACGAGAUAUCGGCGGACGAGGGUCUUUCGAGGGUUCAUAGGUCGACAAUCUCGCAGCCUCUGUGUACCGCCAUUCAGAUUGCUUUAGUCGACUUGUUACACUCGAUCGAGAUUAGCUUCCACACAGUGGUUGGCCACUCGUCUGGGGAAAUCGGUGCUGCAUAUGCCGCCGGCCGGAUCGGUGCCCGAGAUGCUAUUCUGAUUGCUUACUACCGUGGAAUGGACGUGAACCUCGCCUGCGGAGCCGGGGGCGUCAAAGGGGGGAUGCUAGUUGCAGGCAUGUCAAUGGAGGAGGCCGCCGAUUUCUGUGCUAGAAGAGAGUACAGCCCAGGACUCUGCAUUGCCGCCAGCAACUCGCCCAUGGUUGUCACGCUUUCAGGUGAUCUUGACUUGAUUCAUGAGGCCUGCAAGUAUCUUAAGGGCAAGAGGUUGCUAGCGCGGAUACUCAACGUCGACACGGCUUACCAUUCACCCCACAUGGAGGUUCCGUCAAUAAAGUAUCUGGAAGCGAUCAAAUCGUGCAACAUCUCACCGCGGGCUCAAAACAAUGGAACCGCCUGGAUUUCGACUGUGUCUGGCACUGGGGAGCCCAAGGCAGCGGAUUUGAAGGACACCUACUGGCGCGACAACAUGAUGAAGCCGGUGCUGUUUUACGAGGCUAUGAGUACCGCCUUGGACAAAAAUGGACCGUUCGACGGAGUGAUAGAGGUCGGGCCCCAUUGCACUCUUAGGGGGCCAGUGUUUGAAGCGAUCCGAGAGAGCAUGGGAACAGAAGCAACUUUGCCCUAUACUGGACUCCUCAACAGGGGGAUGGACGACCGGGAGGCGUUUGGCGAGUUUCUCGGCUGGAUAUGGGCCCAGUUUGGGGUUUACAACUCUCACAUUCGGCAAUUCGUCCUGGGUUCCGUACAGCCCGAGCUGAUCAACACGCGGAUUCAAGGUGCUCCCAGUUACCCAUGGGACCAUUCACAGAUUCAUUGGAGAGAGUCGAGACUAUCUCGACAGUAUCACUUCAGGUUGGCCAUGCCUCACGAACUCCUGGGGGUACGCACUCGAGACGAUUCUCGGUACCUACUUCGAUGGCGGAACAUUCUGAAGUUUGAGAAGCUCACUUGGGCCAGGCACCAUGCGUUCCAGGGUCAAUCGCUACUCCCCGCGUCAGCCUACGUCAUCAUGGCGGUUGAUGCUGCCAAAGCCGCUGCGCCAGAGGUAGCAAUUUCUGUGAUCGAGCUUCGCGAUCUCAAGUUCUACAAAGGCAUCACGUUUGAUCCUAAUUCGCCCGGGGUCGAAGUUCUCUCCUCUUUGGUCAUUGAGAAAGAGACGCCAGACACAUGGGAGGCUUCAUUUCUGCUGACUUCAACCGUUGCCGACGGCCGCACCGAUGUGAAAAAGAACUUUAGUUGCCGGGUCGCCAUCACGUCUGGCGCACCACAUCCCAAUCUGUUGCCUACGCGGCCAGUGACGAGAGCGGAAACACUGAGCGCCAACCCCGAGGCUUUCUAUGCCAUGAUGGCCGGGACGGGCUUGAGGUACACUGGCCCAUUCCGAGGGCUACAAACACUCGACCGUCGGUUUGAUUUCGCGUCGAGUUCCCUGAGGAGAGUUCACCCCGAUGACACUACAAGGCUUGACCUCAGCCCCGCCACCUUGGACAGUUGUCUUCAAACAGCCUUUGUCACAAUGUCUUCGCCUGGCGACGGUGCCAUCUGGACACCAUUCUUGCCAGUGGAGAUCGAGAGCAUUCGCAUGAACCUAUCACUGUGCAAUGCCCAGGAACGGAGCGACACGCUGGUGGUUGAUGCGCAUAAGACGCAGGCUACACCAUGCACGAGGAGCGCCCCGGCCUCCUUCACUGCCGACAUCGAGAUAUUUAAUGAUGAAGGCAAGCAGGAGAUACAGAUUGAGGGACUCAAAGUUGGGUCGUUUGGCCCUACCAAUCCCGAGGAUGACUACGAGCUGUACCUUACCACACAGCUGGACCUUGAUCCCGAAGACGCUAUCGUGUCCGCCACAGACGAAGACGUCCGCCCCGUGAGCCCCAUGCUUGCCGAGUCCUGCGAGCGCGUCGCUUCUUUUUUCAUCAAGGGACUGCCAGCCACUGCGGUGUGUCCAAGUCCGGGCUCGCACCUCGUUUCUGCGUCCAUCGCCAGCCGAGCAGAGCUGCGCCGCGCCACAAGCACCUGGUCGGAUGAGACAGAGGAGUCUCUUGAUCGGUUCAUUUUAUCCUCGCCGUACUAUUCGGCUUUGAGCUUGGUCCGCAGACUGGGCCGGAACGUUCCGGAUGUGAUGGCUGGCAUGCUUCCUAUAGUGUUUGAAGAAGCUCGCCAGACGCAUAGCUUCCAGCGUCAUAUUUCGAGAGUGGUGAAGCAAAUAUCCCACAAGUAUGCCUCGAUGCACGUCUUGGGACUGACAGAUGCUGAGCUUGGGUUGACGGAGCACGUGUUGGAUGGCUUGGGCACCUCCUUUGCAUCCUACCGCAUCGGCUCUCGGCCUGAGGAGAAUCUCAACGAUCGAAUCCAGCUUUCCGAGUCUCUGAGCGAGAAGGUUAUCACCGAAAAAGUCGAUUUCACCACGGGUGUUCCAGCAAAUGGCCAGCUCUACGACCUAGUUCUUCUGUCUACUUCUCUAUUCGAGCCUCACAACACGGCCACUGUCCUCGGCCACGUUCGGAACAUGAUGCGGCCUGGAGGCUUCCUGAUGCUCAUUCAGGUUACAAGGACUCCUCUCGAGGAACGUCUCCGUCGUACCAUCAGCUGUGCACCCUCUCUGCAGUCGAUGUCCCCAACACCGCCUGACUGGCCUGACCUUCUUGAUCAGUGCGGAUUUCAAAAUUCCAGCGAGGACUCGGCCCAGAACUAUGCCACUGGCUUUUCUCUGAUUGUUCGUCAAGCGCAGUCUCUGGAGAAAGCGCUGCUGAUGUAUCCUCCCUCCGAGGACUCGGACCCGGAGCGUCUGAUGAAUAGAGUCCUGAUUGUUGGCGGCAAGCAGCUGUGGACAUCAUUCAUCUCAUCGCAAGUCACUGCAGCACUGGCUUCGCAUUGCGGGUUGAUCACUACCGUUGCGUCCCUUGACGACUUGGCACCCGGGAAUGCUGCCAACUUUACAGCCGUCAUCCUCCUCUGCGACCUGGAUGAGCCCCUUCUGCUGAACAUGAACGAGAAGCGGAUGGAGGCCUUGAAGGAGCUACUCCGUCCGGAAAUGGUGAUCCUUUGGGUCACGGAAAGUGCCUGGACUACUACCCCUGGCAAUUCGGCUUCUUUGGGCUUCACGCGCACCCUCGCUGCUGAGAUCCCAGGAUUGACCCUCCAAGUCCUUGACCUCGAGACUGUUAAUACCGAUCCCGCCGUCAAGGCCGUCUCUGAGACCUUUUUCCGCCUUGCCAUGUACGCUAGGAUUCAACACACAAGUGUCGAAAACCCUCUGUGGGUUCUGGAGCCAGAGAUACACAUCAAGGAUGGCCGUCGCAUGGUUCCCCGUGUUCGUCCGUGGAAGAAAGGCAACAACCGCGCGAACGCCGGUCGGCGGAUUGUCACAGCUCCUUGCAACACCUUGGAAAAUGUGGUGGAAAUUCUGCCAGGGCAUUCAGGAAAUGGGCCAUACAGGGCAGAGGAGUGGGGAUUGGCGUCUGCGUCGGACCCUCCAGGAGAGCUCUUUGGUAUUCAGGUCAACUACAGCACCGUCGGUGCGCUCAACACAGGGCUCAGUUCUUUCCCGUCGGCCUACGUCUGCCUUGGCCGUGAUACGAGGACCCUCGCCACAACGGUUGCUUUGUCCAAAGUCAAUGCCUCCUACAUCAUGAUGCCAACGAGAUGGGGUACGGAGAUUACGAUCCCCAGUCUGAACGAGCCGGUCUUCUUUGGGCUUUUGGUCCGCUAUUUCCUGGCGCUCAGCAUUUCGUGGAAAGCCAGGGGACAGUCACUCUUGGUUAUCGAGCCUGACGAGCGGUUCCAGGAGUGCAUCAAGGACGUCUGUGUCAAGCAGGGGAUUUCGUUCCAGAUAUUCUCGACCGACGAGGAGCGCUGCAGGCGGGUACCAGAGAUGACUUUUCUUCACCCGGCGCUUUCUCGACGCGAGAUCAGGGAUUUGAACCUUCCGCAGCGUGCCUUGGUUGUGGAUAUGCUCCCCAAGGGGAGCCGUCUCUCCGAGAUGUUCAAAGCCACGGUGGAUGAGCCCUCAGCGUAUCACCAUCUCUCCUCGUUCUUGCGACCAGCGGCAGAUUUGGAAGUCGAUGGUGUCAAUCCCGAUGCUGGUGCAUGCGUACACCUUGAUAGAAUUUGGGAGGGAGCUGUCACCUUGUCGCUUGCCAAGAUGGAAACACUGGCCGAUGGUGCUGUCUCCCCUCUCCUCUCUGUACCGACCUUGGUCGACUGUACAGAGCCGGUUGCGCCGUUUUCGGUCAUUCACUGGAAGGCCGAGAGGGACAUUCAACAGAUCAUCACCCCGCCUUAUGGCCAUCAGCUGUUGAGUCCAUCAAAGACCUACCUUCUUGUUGGUCUGACAAGGGACUUUGGCCAGAGCCUCUGCACGCUCUUGGCUCAACAGGGGGCGCGCCACCUUGUCCUGGCGAGCCGGAACCCGCCCCGGCGGUCCCCAAGAUGGGCAGAAGAGCUGACGAGAAAGGGCGUCCAACUCAGGUUUCAGACGCUGGAUGUGACCAAGAUGGAGCAAGUGACCGCCUUGAAGACCAAGAUCGCACAGACCCUCAAAUUCCCUCCCGUCGGGGGUGUUAUCAACGGCGCCAUGGUUCUCGACGACCGCGUCUUCUCUGAAAUGUCCAUCGAGUCCUUCCAACGAGUCAUGGCGCCCAAGACGAUCGGUUCCAGCAAUCUCGACGACGCGUUCUGCUCACCAGACAUGGACUUUUUCAUCAUGACCUCGUCCUUUGCGGCCGUCGGCGGACAUGCCGGCCAGUCUAACUAUGCUGCGGCCAACAUGUACAUGAACGGCCUCGCCGCCUCGAGACGCCACCGCGGGUUUGUAGGUUCCAUUCUCAACAUUGGUGUCAUUUACGGGCUGGGCUUCUUGCACCGCGAGAAGGAGAAUCUCUACGAGGGUUUGGAGCGGGAGGGAUACCCGCCUAUUUCGGAACGGGAUCUUCAUCAUAUGUUCCUCGAGGCUAUUGUUGCGGGAAAGCCGACAGAGGAUCAGAUCUACGACAUCACUACCGGGUUGCGGCGGUUCCCGGUCGGGCGGCCUACCCUGCAUUGGCACAGCGAUCCGAGGUUUUGUCACUUUACUCGCGGCAGUGAUGAUCGGGACGAGGAAAGCGACGCUGGGUCUCAGCAGCUGAGCCUGAAGGAGCAGACUAGCCGCGGCGAGACGGAGGAGGAUGUUGCUGAGAUUCUCGUUCCGGCGUUUAUCAAGAGAUUACAGAAUCAGCUCAAGCUGGCGGAGGGAACUGUGACAGCCGAGCAGAGCAUUGUCGAGUUGGGUGUUGAUUCACUGGCGGCAGUGGAGAUUCGAUCAUGGGUCUGGAGGACACUGGGCCAUGAUGUAGGGGUGAUGAAGAUUCUCAGCGGCAUGACGAUUAGCCAGUUGUGCGGGGAGAUUGCAGCGGCCACCAUGGCGGUUCGCGUGACGACGACGCAGCAGAGUUUGGAGGCGACGGGAGUGCCUAGUGAUGCCUCGGCGACGCCUCACACUACCUCUGUGGUUUCUGGUGCCGAGUUGGAGACGCGUUCGGUGGCGACGACGGCGGCGGAGGAGUAG